AUGGUUGCUGAGAAGAGCACGGCCACAGGCCUGGACGUCGCUGACCCCCACACCACCCUGCCCGCUGACAACGAAAAGUCGGCCGCCGUCUACGCCGACAACUCAGAUGUCAGCUCCAGCGGCGUCGGUGAAUACGACGAUCUGCCCGACCCAGAUGUUGGCAAGAGCGACGAGGAGCGCGCCCGUCUUGACAAGGCGCUCGUCUGGAAGAUGGACUGUUGGCUGAUCCCAUGGCUCUCGCUGCUCUACCUCCUCUCCUUCUUGGACCGCACAAACAUCGGUAACGCUCGUGUGGCCAAGAUGGAGCCGGACCUGCACAUGGGCGGCCGCGACUACAACAACGCCCUCACCAUCUUUUUCAUCUCCUACGCUGGUUUCGAGCCCCUGACCAACAUCCUGAUCAAGAAGUGGUCCCCCCGUGUCUUCUUCACCUCCAUCAUCCUCGCCUGGGGCAUCAUCAUGACCCUCAUGGGUGUCGUUCACAACAAGGCUGGCCUCCUCGCCUGCCGCUGGUUCCUCGGCAUCGCCGAGGCUGGCCUUUUCCCGGGCGUGAAUUACUAUUUGAGUUGCUGGUACAAGCGUCAGGAGCUCGGUCUCCGUGCCGCCAUGUUCUUUUCAGCUGCUGCUCUCGCUGGUUCCUUUGGUGGUCUGCUCGCUGCGGCCAUCUCCGGCAUGAACGGUGUCGGCGGCUACGCGGGAUGGCGCUGGAUCUUCAUCAUCGAGGGCCUCAUGACUGUGGUCGUUGGCUUCGUCUGUUGGUGGAUGACCUUCAACUUCCCAGACACCGCCUCUUUCCUCACCGCCGACGAGAAGCUCCGCGCACUCCGUCGCCUCCGUGCUGAUGGCCAGUCCCGUGCCACCAUCGGCCACAUCGACCGCCGCCACGUCUACGCCGCACUCACCGACUGGAAGACCUGGGGCUACGCCGUCAUCUACAUGGGCUGCCUUUGCCCCCUGUACUGCUUCUCGCUCUUCCUCCCCACCAUUCUCCUUGGCAUGGGCUACACCGGCACCAAGGCCCAGCUCAUGUCGGUUCCUCCGUACGCGGUGGCUGCUGCCAUGACCGUGGUCACCGGCUUCAUCGCCGACCGCACAAAGUGGCGCGGCUACUGCAACAUGGUCAUUGCGCUCAUCGGCUGCCUCGGUUUCGCCAUGCUUCUCGCCACCGACAACGUACACGUCCAGUACGCGGGUACCUUCCUCGGCGCCGUCGGCAUCUACCCGACCGUGUCCAACACGUUGACGUGGGCCUCCAACAAUGUCGAGGGCUCGCUGAAGCGCGGCGUCAUGGUCGGCGUCGUCGUCGGCUGGGGCAACAUGAACGGCGUCGUCUCCUCCAACAUCUACUCGGCCAAGGAGAAGCCACGCUACUGGACCGGCCACGGCAUCGUGCUCGCCUACCAGUUCCUGUUCCUGUUCGGCGGAACCGUCUUCAUGCACUUUAUGCUCAAGCGCGAGAACAGGCUGCGCAAGGAGGGCAAGCGCGAUCACUGGAUCCACAACAAGUCCGUAGAGGAGCUGGAGAUCAUGGGCGACAACCGCCCGGACUUUUUCUACACCACCUAA